AUGCCAUACCCGUUUGCGCUGCCCACGACGUCAUCGUUCUCGUUCACAGCUUGCUUCGAAUCUGAUUCUCAUCCAUCCUUGCCUCUCCGCGCAAACACAUUUCGAGGAGUUGCCAAGGAUGCGCUCAAAAAGCACAAACGUCUUGAUCCAGCAUCACAGGUCGGGCACCUACCGAGUGUCAGGACUGCCCUGCUAGAGUAUCUUCCCUACGUGCUGGCUCUCAAUGCCGGACUGUACGACCUUCCGCUCCCAACGGGCGAGAGGAUACGCGUGAAGCCUACCGCACAGCCAAGCAUCAAAUGGAGGCCAACGCUCAAUGGAGACUUUGUGCAGGGCCGGGACAGGUCACGGCUGCGGUGCCACUCCUUAUCGCAAGAGUCAGCCUUUGUCAUGUCGGCGAUUGGGUUCACUUACGUCUUGGAGGCAAGAUCAGCCCUGCAGCCUUUGUAUUCCACCAACAGUGAGUUUCUUGGGGCGCAAGAACGUACGACGGCCAUCUCCACCGCGACGAAGAAUCUCAUGAGUUCGGCUUCGGUGUUCAAGUGGCUCAGCGACACAAUGGUUCACACUGAGAAGACAAGCCCGCACAAGGAUGUCAAUCAGAAGUUUUUCGUUGACAUUGCCCCAUCCACCGUAUCAGCGAUGGCUUCGCUUUCUCAUGCCGAAGCCACCCUACUCGCAGUUCUCAAGGACGAUCCAUACCCUGCAGCUGUUGCCCAAGAUAGGAACAAGAACGACAAAGAGUGGAUGUUCAAGUCGCCCGAGAUACCCAAGGUCCGCGCUCUCCUCUAUGCGCGCUUGUGCUUGGCAGCAUCGGAGCAUGCUGCGCGAGCCUUGUCAUUGGCACAGUCUAGUGUCCAAGAGUCCACCAAAAUGGACAGUAACAUUCUCAAAUACAUGGAGGAUUUCCGACGCGUCAGUCGAGCUAAGGCGUGCAGAUUCUUGGGCAUAGAUGCCGAGCUAGGUGGGCAAACAGCGGACGGCAUCGGCUGGCUUCAGGCCGGGCUGCAGGAGCUUGGCGUUGACUUCAAGAGCUCAGGAAAAGGUCUGAGUCUCAGCAGCUUGAAACGCGAACUCAGUGAAAUUAUGGAGGACCGCAGGGUUGACAAGGAGAAGGCAUGGGGCGCUGAUGCUGGCCGCUUGGAGGAAACUCGCGUCAUUGAGAUGUUGAGCGGCAAGUGGAACAAAAUCAAUGACACAAUGAACACAAAGCCCAUUCCAUCGAUCAACACACUGUUGGCUAAGAUACCCUCAGGGCGCGAGAUACAUGCCAUACCAGACUUUCAGCCGCCCAGUCUGGACCGCGCAACGCUGAGCAACAUGCAGGGUGCCCCGGAUCCCAAUGACGACUUUGUCGGUGACUUGAGCUCGGAAGACGAAGUUUUGAGUCCGACAGGGCCUGCUGUUGGCGCCUUUCCCGGCACAAAAAACAGCUACAGUCGGAGUGCAAGUACUGCGCCGUCGACCACGUACUACUGA